AUGGAGCUGACAUCAAAGGCCUCUUCAAACGCGGCGGCGGUGUGGAUGGAGCCUCCUGCAGAGUCGGAGGGAAAUGUGGAGAGAGCCUUCCUGUCGCAGCGCGAGGAACUGUUUACUUCAACUUUUCCCUCAUUAACAGCUAAAGGUAAAGUUGUUCUGCGUGGUGGAGAAAACCCCUGUGAGGGUCAUGUAGAAAUCUACUACAACAACAUAACGGGGUAUGUUGGAGAUAAACACUGGAACAGCAGCACCGAGGAGGUGGUCUGCAGAACCACUCAGUGUGGGGUACCGGUGCCUGGUGCCACCAAAAAUGUCCCGAGGCUGGAGAGCAGAACGGUGUGGCUGAACGAACUGCAGUGCAGCGGAGACGAGAACGAUCUGUGGGACUGUGGAGGCUAUCCGGCUCCAGGCGUCAGCUUCUACCAAAAGCCCACGGUGAAGAUGAUCAAAUGUUCAGGUCUGAAUCACACAAAAUGCUGUCAAAAAAUAUAUUUUUUUUGCAUUUAUGACAUGUUAAAACUGUUAAAUCUUUUAGAUCAAAUUGAGAUAAGUCUAGAACCACAACAAUGUCAUGGAGUAGCAAAGUACUCUGUGACUGGGAAUACUUCCUCUUCUGGAUACUUCUGCAAGGACAACUGGGGAUCACAAGACGUCAAGACUGCAGAACUGCUGUGCAAAAAUCUUGGAUGUGGAGGUUUUAAAGAGAUUCCAAGACCGCAGUGGGUUAUCGGGAACAAUUAUGAAGGAUCAGAGAAGAUGGCGGUGGAUUGUUCAGGCAUUGAUUCGGUGACCAGCCUGUGGCAGUGUAUCAGGAGAACCCAACAGUGCAAACACCCUGUUGUUGUCACAUGUGAAGGACACGAGAGGCUGCAGCUUCAAGGAAGUCCGAUAAACGCCUGUUCAGGGGAGCUGCAGGAGAGGAAAACUGAGUGGAAACCAGUGAAAAAGAACAUCACAAAUGCUGAUAAUUUAUGCAAAAAGCUGAACUGUGGCGGCGUCACAAACUACACUGUUGAUCAAAACCUACACCUGACAUGCACAGAUACGGUUAAAGUAGUUUUGAUGAAUAAUAACAGAGAAAGCAAAUGUUUUGGUCAGGUUUAUGUAAAUGUGAACGGUUCAAACAAAGCCGUGUGCGGCAAUGGCUGGACUGAUAAGAAUUCACAAAUGAUCUGCAAGGAACUGAACUGUGGAAAGUCAAUUCAACUGUCAAUCAAAGAUGCUGCCACAUCAGGGGUCAUGGAUUACGUGGAAUGCUUGGGCGACGAGUCUUCCUUAUGGCACUGCAAGGCCCUGCGAGGUCAGCAGCUGACCUGUAAGAAUACGCCCCACAUCAUCUGUUCAGAAAGUGUUAAGUUUAGACUGGCGGACGGUCCCGGAAAAUGUGCUGGUAGGCUGGAAGUCCAGCAUGGAGACGAGUGGAAAAGGGUCGCUAAAAGCGGAUGGGAUGAAGAAAAUUCAGACAACAUCUGUCAACGCCUCAACUCGGACAAGGGCGCCUGCACCAACAGAGGGCGCUAA